ACCAUUCUUCUGUCCGCUGCACCUUGGGUCGGAUCAGUGUCCUCUAUAGGGCUCUCUCCUCUUUACAUUUUUUUACUUUUGUGUAUAGGCUCGAUAGGUCUAAACCAGGGGAGAGGGGAGGGGGGACGCCUAUGCACACAUCCACACGCACACAUAGGCACUCACAUCCGCACAUACACACGUAGAAAAAGAGGGUUUUUUUUUUUUUCCUUUUUAAAUUUUUUUUUAUUUUUGUUUUUUUUAAUUCCUCUGUUAAUUUGCCUGCCGAUUUGGAAUCUCAGUAGUAAUGGAGGGACAGUGGAGAUUCUGGACGGAGUGGUGGCUAUCAUUUUUCAAAGAGGGAAGUUACUCCAUUUUCUAUGCAAAUGACAGAAAUGCAAGAAGCUAUCACAAGUCAGAGAGGCAAUCGACGGCUAUCAGGUUGGGACAAUAUUUGUCAGCUAACAGAUAAGCAAACGCUGUCUCUCUCUCCCUAUAUAUUUUGCUUAUACCACAGAAAUGGACGUCAAAAGGUAAGGAAAUAAUACCUGUUUCUCUUAAUUUAUUUAUUUUUCUUUGAGAAAAUGCAUUUGUUAAGCUGCUUUUUUUUCUGUUCCAUUCCCCAUCUCCCUCUCCUCCCCUACCCAAGGGGGGGAAAUAGACAGAAAAGGGUGGAGUGAUGAAAAAGGGAGAAAUCACGGCUGGUGGAAAUGUGUUUUAGUGAAUAUUAAUCCGAAAGAUUGUAGGAUACGGUGAGAAAAAAAGAGAAAAGGGGAGAAAAAGGGAAUGAGGAAGAAAUAAGGGAGACAGGGAAAAAAGAAAGAAAGGGUGAUAGAAAAAGGAAGAGAGAUUGAGAAAAGGAAAGACAAAGAGAGAGAGGACUGAAAGAAAGAAAGAAAGAAAGAAAGAAAGAAAGAAAGAAAGAAAGAAAGAAAGAAAGAAAGAAAGAGAAAGAAAGAAAGAAAGAAAGAAAGAAAGAAAGAAAGAAAGAAAGAAAGAAAGAAAGAAAGAAAGAAAGAAAGAAAGAAAGAAAGAAAGAAAGAAAGAAAGAAAGAAAGAAAGGAGAAAGGGAGGGAGGAAAGAAAGAAGGAAAGAGAGAGAGGAAAAAAGAAAGAAGGAAAGAGCGAAAGAAAGAAAAGGAGAGAAAGAAAUAGAGUAAGAAAGAAGGAAAAGGAAAGAAAGACGUGGAAUAAGAAGGAAGGAUAAAGCCUGUAAGGUCACCUGGCGAUGGUAGGCUUGGAAUGAAGGAUUUUGCAGUAGCUCGGUGAUGUGGCUUUUAGAUACUGCCUUUAAAAAAUUACCAGCCCCUUUGUGGGUAGUUGUGGUGUUUUAUUUUAUCCCCCUCGCAGAAUCUCGUGCCAGUUUGCCUGUCUUCAGGCGAGCCCAGUAAUUUGGCGAAGUUUGUGUGGAAGCCAGUUGGGUUUUGCGUUGCUCUCCAGGGUCAUUAUGAUGUGGGUGGUUUCUUCGAAGAGGGCAUUUCACGGUAGUCCUCGAAAAUACGGUUCUGGAAAUUAGUUUAAAAAAAUGGAGAGGGAAAAAAAAUGAAAAGAGAAAAAAUAAUAAGAAGAAGAACGAAGCCAACCCAAAACGCUGUGCACUCAUUGUGUCGUGUUGUGGUUUCUUUUCUUUCCUUUUUUUUUCCCCCUCGUGAAACUCCCAAAUGAAGCUGACGUUGCAGCGCAAUAAACCUCCUCGUAUUUAAUUGCGUUUUGCAGUGUUAACGGGUCUUUAUGGCUUUCCAUGCCGGAAUACCGGGUAGGGUUUCAGCCUCACGUUGUGUUGGUCCUUUCCCACAGCUUGCGGCCAGGUUUUGUGCAAAUCCCCCCGCUGUUCCCCCUCCGUGCUGUCUGAUUCCCUAACGUUGCCUUAAGGGUAAUAAUUGUCCGGAGAUGCGCGUCAUUUUGAAUGUGAUUUUCAUUUUUUCCAGCUUUCGGGUGGUUGAAUGUAGUACUAAUUGACUCUGUUACAAGGCGCUUUUUAAAUAAGAUGCUGUAGGAGCCUGUGUGUGUGCAACGAGAUUAAGAUGAGAUUCAUUACUUAAGCAUAAACCGUUUUAUGACGUGACGAUUUAUCUUCUCUAACUUGACUGUGCCGGAAUAUCGCGUGGAUAAGAGUAAAUGAUUGCAAGCCGUGGAAAUAAUCAACAGAAAGACAAUCUUUAACAGCUAUUUAUUCCCAAACCUGUUACAUUUUUUUCAUAAAUCACGAUGGGGGGAAGCUAAUGCUAGUUCACUGCCUGUUAUCCCUUAGAUCUAGGUCUCUCCGCACUCGUUUUCUUGCUCUUUUUAAAUCUCCUCAACGCAAUAAAUAAUAAUAAUACGAACAAUUUAUUAACCUUCCUCCAAAUCCCUUUUAUGCCGAUCCUUCCACACCCUCCGUGGGCAACCACUUGUGGGAUCUCUCACCUCGGGGCGGGCAGCGAGAUUUAACCCUCGGCCCACGCGUGCCCCUGGGUGGGGGGUCCCCGCCGUUCCCUUCUUUGGCAGCCUCCCUGCGCUUUCAUCGAUGGAAAUAAAACGCGGUGGAGGAGAAGGGAGGCAGCUCCCCGCCGUGCCGUCCCCCCGGUGCCGCCGCCGCGCCGCGGGGCUCGCCCAUUCCCCGCCGUCUGCUGCCAUCUACCGUCGGCGGCGGCGGCCGGCGCUCCCCGGGGGCUCCCGCAGUGCCCUGUGGGGCGGGGGGCGAGGAGGUGGGGGGCGGAGGGGUGGGAGUGAGGAGGGGACAGCCCGGAUCCCGUCCUCUGUGCCCCACGGCAAGGCCCGGCUCCGAGCUACUAGGGGUUUCCUAUGGCGUUUUGCACCCCCGAGGCCUUGUGUUCUGCUUGGGGGAUGCGGGGGGUGCUUCUAGCUCCGUGCGUAGCCUGAAAGCGUCUGAACGUAAAUAUAUGGGAUGUAUGUAUGUAUGUAAAUAGAUCACCUACAAUGAGAUCUACUUGCACCCCGUAUGUCCAUAUGUUGAGCUGUGCCUACUCCGAUGCGUGACGGCUGUGUGCAUGCAACUGUGUGUCUGUUCCUUGCCAUGUGUGCAGAGAUUUAUCAUAAAUACAUACACAUAUACGUAUACACACACAAAAGCUCGCAUCUAUCUAUCUGUAUACACACAUGGAAGACGAAAGAUAGCUGGUUGUUUGCAGAGCAGGAGCACAAGCGGAGAUCUUGUGAAAUGAGCUCCAGUAAUGACGUGCGAGGCGCAGGCGAGGUGGGAUUUGAGCUAAUCAUAAAAGGCAGAGGGGCUUUUAUUUAUUUAUUGCUUCCAGUGGUCAUUUCGGUGGGGUCUGGAAAAGAUAUGUCAAGUCGUGUACACAGAAUGGUGGUGGUUGCUGGGGAAGGAGCAGAGAGUAAAGGCAGACGACGAAUCACUUUUAAGUUACUGCGGGCUUUGAAGGGACAAUGCGUGCCUGUUAUUUUAAAAGGUUUCUCUCUCUCUCCCUCCCUCUCUCUCUCCUUCUCCCUCUCGUUUUCUCCUUCUACCACGCAGUUUCCUGGCAACUGUUUACGUCUGGACUGGUGACAUUUUCUCUAAGAAAGUGAGAUGAUCGGUGCCUAUGUUAAAAAAAAAAAAAAAAAGAGGGGAGGGAAUGGGGGGGGGGUUGGAAAGUUUCUCUCUUUUGACCCGAAACAGCCGUGAUUAAACCGUUCCAUGCUGUAAUUCCCAACACCCCGCAGCACUCGCCUUACGCCCUGCACGAUACGCGUCGGCUUUUGCCUUCCUCUGCUCACCGAUAUUCCUUCCACCCUUCCCUCUCCCUCAGGGUUUGCUUUCGCCUGGGUGCGAUGUGACCACCUCAAUGUCCUCCCCCCCCUCCCCCUCCCUCCCCCCCCCCCCCCCCUUUUUUUUUUUUUUGUUAAUAAUUAGCCUCACUCUUUAAUGGAACAAUGGUAGAUUAUUAUUGCUUCUUUUCAAAGAUCCCAUUAACAAGGUUAUUACGCACCGCACGGGAAGUCAGGUAAAUUAAACUUAAAUUGCUGGGAAUUCAGUUUUAGGCGGUUAUGCGUUGGGAGAGGGAGUAUUUUUUUUACACCUUCAGGGGUCAUUGUUUUAAACACGGCAACAGCGGAGCACAGAGGACUUCUGUCGGGUUUCCCCCCGAUGUGAUUUGGCUGUGGCUGAGCAUUACAGAGAGGCUGCUCUGCUGCCAACUGCUUUCUAUGUCUGACUCCAGGAACAAGGGUUUUUUUUCAAGUGUUUUCGUGGUGUUUGCUUGACUUUAUGGCUGCAAUAAGUCCCUGGGUAGGGAAACCCCCGCUGUGUUCUCACUUCAGAAGGAUCGGGAAUUCCAGCUCCACAUGAAAAAAGAGUUUCAUUUUUUAUUGGAACCAACUGCACUGAACUUUCCACCAAGUUCUUAGCCGGUUUAACUCUCGCACAAGAAAUGCUCUGUUCUGUUUGCAUUUCGAAAUAUUUGGGUGUUGUUUUAAUCCCCUCAUCUAUCUGCCUCCCUCUGCUUUGUGGGGAUGACGUUUGCUGGCCAGAAAAGCGAAGCAACAGAAAAGUGGGACCUUCCUGGGCAGAUAGCCGUGAUUGUGCGUACUGUAAAUCCGUCCCUUUAUCUUUAUUGAUGCCCUGCCAGCUGAGUGAUGUCAGUCAGAGAGCAAAGACGGGUUCCCAGCGCUCAGUGAAACGCUCUCUACCACCUUCUGGCGUCUCCUGCGACUUCCCCGCUUUAUUGCCCCUUCUCUGAGCCUGUUUUUAAGGAGAUGAGGCCAAAGGCUGAAUAAAGAUAUGCCAAUGGGCACUGUCAGAGGGAGACCUAACUUAUGGGCUACUGUACGAGCUUGCUGCUGAGUCCUUUAUGUUCUGUGUCUGUGUCCCUCCCGGCUUGGCUGGCGCUGGAGGCGGCCGAAGAAAAGAGAUUCGCGAAAUCGGUCUCAGAUUUAUAUCGGGAAAGGCAGGAGAGUGUCUGCGAAGCGGCCGUGCCCAUAAGCCACCGUCCAUCCAUUUAUUUAUUCAGCCCUUUAUUUUGGCAAAGCCAUUUACAUGGGAAUAGAAACCACCUCCGUGCCGAAGGUACGGUUCUCUAAGAUACAGCAUAGUGUAAGGUCCCCCCUCGUGUUCGCAUGCAUUUUAGGUGGCAAACCAAUUAUUCCUCGGGCCGGACCCUUCGGAAGAUGAACACUGUGACACUCUUUCUGGUUUUGGGUAUAUAGGUAUUUCAGUUUGUCCUCUCUUCUCCUUUUUCUCCCCAAAUAACCAUCCGCAGGGCCAAGAGAAGCUUCAUUUCGUCUAUAGAGCAUCUAAAAUGUCAGCAAUAAGCAAUUCGCAAGUGGCCAGUUGCAAUGCAUUUUGUUUUCUUAUAUAAUGCCCACUUAUAAACUGCCCUAAAAUCCUUCUUCAGCCAUACGUGCACAAUAUGAGCAGUAUUUUACUACGGUAAAUCCGAGGGGGGGGUGAGGGGGGGUGGGGGGACGAAGGGAGAGGGAGGCGAGGGGGUGUCCAAACUAUUUCGAGGCAUUUAUUCGCAGAGCAACCGUGAGAACUGAGAGCAAACAUUAUAGCAAACAUUUCAGCAGAUGUACUCACGCACUGAAUUAUCAGGACAUCCCAUUUCUUAGCCCAGAAUUUGCAUGCGGAGCCGGUCGUGCCAGACAGUCGAUGUUUUGGUAGCGCUAUCAAUAUUGCGUAACUCUAAUCAAAUGUAGGAGCGGUGCGGCUCCUGCAAAGCUGUGAACUUCAGGCUCUCACCCGAUGCUUUUUUCUCCUCGUUCUUCUCCGGCCAUCGUUCCCUUUCAGUCCCAUAUUUGUUUUCCUCGCAUACCAAUAAAGCCGAUCUACGUAAGUUUGGGUCCACGCCAUGCACCGAGGGAAACUCUGCAAGAACAAAUAUAGGAGAUAUCAGUCAGAGAGUGGGGUGGAGGAUGGAAAACUACUUCCUUUGCGUGUAAUUUCCUUGAAUUAUAAGGAUUACGUUUCAGACGAAAUGUUCAUCGCAGCCAUGGCAUGAAACAAUCUUGGCUUUGCUCCUGUAAAUACGAUGUUUAAAAUAAAUUAGCUCGUAAUAAGAUACGACUUUCGUAGAUGCUUAAAGCUCCGUCAGAGAGAGCCGAGUUGGCAGCUGUACAGUGAGCAUGUAAUGUAUGUAAUUCUAGAUCUGUAGCACACACGGCCGCAGAUCCAGACACAGAGGAGUGCGUGUGAUAACGUGUGUCAUUUCACCGCGUGUAAGAACCGACAGACAGAUGGUUACAAAUUCGGAUGGGGAAAGAAGUCCUUCAUACGAUGCGAUCAGUGGCACUUCCGUAUUUCAUUACUAUUAUUCUUAUCGUUAUUAUCUUUUUGUUUUGUUUUGUUUUCUGUAAGGUCUCUCCGGCUUUUCACGUUUGAUAAGGGGGAGCAAACCGAGGUGGGGGGGGGGGUGUCAGGGGGGGGACGCACCAGGUAUUGCAGAGCGCAUCCCCGGCGACAAAAUCCGGAGGGGGACAGGGGGGGAAAAAGGGAUGAAUGUAUCCAUAAAGGAAAGAGGCGACCCCCAAGAGCAAAGUGUGGCUUUUAGGGGCUUCCAGCGUUUGAAGUUGGCAAAAAGAAAGAGGCGUUUUGCAGCGGGGACGGACUCGGAGAGCUGCGAACCGCGGGGUCUCCGAGGCAGAACCCCUCCGCACCACCGCUUUCCUCUCGUAAAACAAUCCCGAUCGGUGACGAUCAAUAAACUCCGCUUCUGAGCGUAACUCAGAGCUCCCUUUUGGCCAUAAAAGGUCGGGCGUGGAUUUGGUAUUAACAAAAAAACGCAAGAGGGCACAAUGCGGUACGGGACCGGGAGCAGAUCGGGAUUUUGCAAAGGAUAAAAGAAAUACUUCGAUUUUCCAUUCAUCUCCCCCAAGAUAUGGCUUUUGCAGGAAAAGAAACGAAAAGGACCCCAAAGGCGAGAAGCGAAGGUUUGGGUGAACGGAGCGCAGCUCUCUUUAACAGACGAUGCAAAUCUAUGGUAAUGAGCUAAAGAAUGGACCGCAAUAAGCUGUCAGCAUUUAUUUGCUCCCUUAUCGGAAAUCUGAGUUAAUCAAAGCGGCGGGAUCUGCUCCCUGCGAAGUUCGCCCACCCGAACGCCAAACUUUUUCUUUUUAUCUUUCCUUUAACGGCAGAGAAGCGCUCAGCUAUUUUCGGACGGCUCGCUGGCAACAGGGGUUAAAGUUUUCCGAAUGCAAACAAUUAACUUCUCCCCCCUCUCCCCCCCCCCUUCCUCCCCCCCCCCAUCACAACCACCCCCCCGGACCAGGUAUUUGUAUGCGUUAUGUGUGUGAAUACAUCCGCGUGCACACCGUCAUCCGCACACACCGGCUCUCACUCCCCGGUGCUGAAGUGGAGGGGGGGGAAGGGAGGGGGUGGCGGUUUAUUUAUUUCUGAAGCUCUGAGCGCGCCGGGAACGCUUCUUUCCGCAGAUAUUAUAUAUUUGGUUAAGGGGGUGCAUUUCUGCUGUUUAAAAGGGAGGGAAAAGGGGGUGGAUGGUUUGUUCUUGGGGUCCCUGGUGCAAUCUCAGCUCCUCAUGGGUGCUAUUUUGCAACCUCAGGCGCCUGCUAUUGGUCAGCCCAUGAUCAGAUGGUUGUAUUUCCUUGUGUCCCUCGCUGGCACCACGCCAUCUCCCUUCAGCUAAAACCCAAUCUCCGAUAUACUACUAAUAGCUAAACCACUUGGACUAUAAAACACAACAAAUCAUAAAGCCGGGAAAGGACGGCAGGCUCCUUCCAAUGAGUUCUUAUUUUGUCAACUCGACCUUCCCGGUGAGUCUGGCGGCGGGGCAGGAGCCCUUCCUGGGACAGAUCCCGUUAUAUCCCUCGGGCUAUGCGGAUCCUUUGAGGCACUACCCCAGCACCUAUGGAGCCACGGGAGUCCAGGAGAAGGGCUAUGCCUCCUCUCCCUACUACCAGCAAAGCAACGGAGCCUACAGCCGCAGCUCCGCCUGUGACUAUGGGGCCGGCGGCUUUUUCAGGGAGAAGGACCCUGCGUGCCCCCCCCCCAACCUGGACGAGGUCCCCUUCGCCCCCGAGCCGCGCAAGUCGGACUGCGCGCAGAGCAAAACUGUGUUCGGAGAGAGCGAGGAGCAAAAGUGUUCCGCCCCGGUUUACCCCUGGAUGCAGCGGAUGAACUCUUGCAAUAGUGUCACAGGUUCCUCCUUCGGGCCCAGCGGCCGCAGAGGCCGUCAGACGUACACCCGUUACCAAACCCUGGAGCUGGAGAAGGAAUUCCACUUCAACCGCUACCUGACCCGGCGCCGGCGGAUCGAGAUCGCCCACUCGCUCUGUCUGACGGAACGGCAGAUCAAGAUCUGGUUCCAGAACCGUCGGAUGAAGUGGAAAAAAGAGAACAAACUGCUCAGCUCCUCGCAGCUGAGCGCGGAGGAGGAGGAGGAGAAAACGGCGGAGUGAAAGGAGCGUUUAAAAAGAAAGGAGAGAGGGAGUGAGUGGGUGCGUGUGAGAGCCAGGAGGAUGAGGGUGGUGUGGGCUGGCUGCGAGGAAGGGAAAACGCGCACAUUGGUGGGACGAGAGCUCUGCGGAGACGGCGACAGCAACAGAAAAGUUUGGGCCACCAAUGCCAUGGACUCGUGUUCCCAAUAUCUGUCGUGUCCAGAACAAAAAAAUCAGGCUUCUAGUUGCGUUUUUUUUUUCUUCCUAGACUUCCCUCCCCAUCCAACCCCCCCCCCCCCUUUCCCCCCAUCCCCUAUGGAAUAAAAUAAUAAUAAUAAUAAAAAGUGAAGAGAGAGAGAGAGAGAAGGGAGAAAAGGGAAAAAGUGAGAGGGAAAGGGAAAAAAAAGACAAAAAAAAAAAAAAAAAAGGACUCCUACCCGUGUUUCUACCCUUGGUGUCACUGUUAGUAAUCUGCUAACUCUGUAUUUAAUGGAAGUGCUGCAAUAUAUGUCAUUCGGGGUGUUUAUUGUCUUAAUUUUGUAAAGAAAUGUUUCCUGCACGGUUUACAUAGGGGUUUUUGGUUGGGUUUUGGGUUUUUUUUUCUCCUCAACUUCCCCCCCUCCACCCCCCCUUCCUUUGGUAAAUUAAUCAAGCCCUGAGGUCUCGUAACGAGUUUAUCUUUUAUUUUUCCUUUUAUUUUUCUUUUCUUUUUAAAGAAAAACCUACUGAAAGAACGAGUACUACCUAUAGGGAUACAAAAGCAACAACAGGGAAAAAAAAAACCCACAAAAAAAAAAUAGAAGAAGAAGUUCUAUUUUAUUAAUUUUUUGUACGUGUUGUGUUUGGAGUUUGUCUUAGGUAUGAACAUGGAAUUCUCUAAUAAAAACAAAGUCUUCGAUCUCA